AUGCAUCUCACCGCCGGUGUUCUCAAUGGCCUUGUCGCCCUCACCGCCGCCUCACCUACGGGCUACGCCUUCAAGCAAGCUCAGUCCAAGGCUUUCGUCGACGCCGUCGAGCCUCGAUUCACUGAUGCCGACGACGGAUGGCACAUCGGCUGCGACAAGGACGAACACUGCUACUACUACCGUGAUCGUGUUGCCUUUAAUCCCACCGCUGCUUCGAUCUCUCCUCGCAGCCCCGCCAUCCGCCGGUCGGCGUGCAUACCUUGCAAGAAUUCAAAGCAGUGCAUUGACUGUCCACCCCCAUCCCAAGGGGACAACCUGUACGAGUGCAUCGACCCCGACGCCAUGACAUUCUUUUGUGUUCGCAUUGUUGCUGGAAAAGAGGUCUCGAACAACUCCACCAAAGCCUCCACUAAGACUCUCGACACUGCCGUUUCGAUUAUACGUCACACCGUCGAUGGCCCCAACUACCCUCCUCCGAAGCAUGACGAUCCCAGUUACCGCGGACCGAAGCAGGAUGGACCUGACUCUGCUCCCCCGAGCCACGAAGGUCCCGACCAGGAGGGUCCCAAUCACCAUGGGCCUGGCUCUACUCCCCCCAAGCAUGAAGGUCCUAGUUAUGAAGGUCCUAACCACGAAGGCCCCAACCACGAAGGUCCAAACUACCAUGGCCCUGACUCUACUCCCCCGAGCCACGAAGGUCCCAACCAGGAGGAGGAGGAGGGUCCCAGCCAGGAAGAGGAAGGUCCCAGCCAGGAAGAGGAAGGUCCCAGCCAAGAAGAGGAGGGUCCCAGCCAAGAAGAGGAGGGUCCCAGCCAAGAAGAGGAGGGUCCCAGCCAAGAAGAGGAGGGUCCCAGCCAGGAGGAGGACCAGGAGGAGGAGGGUCCCACCCACCAUGGGCCAGGCUCUACUCCCCCCAACGAUGAAGGUCCCAACCACGAAGGUCCAAACUACCAUGGCCCUGAAUCUGCUCCCCCCAACCAGGAGGGUCCCAAUCACCAUGGGCCUGACUCAGCUCCCCCUAACUCGGAAGGUCCCAACUACGAAGGUCCCAGCAAUGAAGGUCCCAACCGCGAAGGUACCAGCCACAAUGGGCCUGGCUCGGCUCCCCCCAAUCAAGAGGGCCCCAACUACCGUGGGCCUAAAUCGAACCCCCCUAACCACAACGGCCCUAUCUCUUCUCCUCCAAACCACGAUCAGCCUGAGCACGAUCAACCUGAGCACGAUAGCCCGAAGUAUGAUGGCCCAAACCACGGCGGCCCCAAGCAGGAUGGGCCAAAGAACGACAGCCCCGUCUCCAAUACCAAGCCACCUUACUUCGAGUUUGAAUAA